AUGAAUCUUAAUAAGGAUUGGUAUGAUAAUAUUAUUACCGAGAAUGGAAUAUUAAAUAUACCUUACGAACAAAUUAGCGAUGUACGAAUGAGGAUAGGAUUUGGAAGAUAUGGUAUUGUUUACAAAACGACCUGUAAUUGGAUCGAUGGAGAUGUAGCUGUUAAAGAGGUUUAUGUAAGGUCGGAAAAUGAUCGAGAAUGUAUUGAGAGUUUUAUUAAUGAGGUGAAAAUUCAUAACCGCGCGCGUAAUAAAAGGAUAAUUCAACUUUAUGGAAUAAGUCGAAACGUAGAAAAGAAAUUUUAUUAUAUUGUGAUUGAAUAUGCGAAUGAAGGGACAUUGUAUGAUUAUUUAAAUAAAAAAAAAGGUUUGAAGGAAAGGGUUCGUCUCGCAACACAAAUAUCCGAAGGACUUUCGUACCUUCACAAUAAAUUAAAUAUUUCACACCGAGAUUUGCAUAUGAGAAAUAUUCUUGUAAAGGAUGGUAAUAUUAAAAUAUCGGAUUUCGGAAUGUCCAAAGGUUUAGACGUUAAGAACAAAUCCUUUGGGCUUUUACCAAUUUUUAAAUCGCGGGAAUUGUCGGCAUUCGCUUUGGAUAAAGUAUCUGAUAUUUAUAGUUUAGGAGUUAUUUUAUUGGAACUUUCGAAUUGUCGUCGAACAUUAUUUCCUAAAGAACGAACAAGAAAGCGAUAUUCUACAAAAGACGAAUUAGGAUUACGCGAUAAAACAGCCAUGACUUCAAUUUCAAAAGAAUUACAAUUUAAACCACUUGAACCAGUUUAUUUAAGUACCGGCAAAAGGAAUAAUAUUUGUGCGGUUCAAACUCUGCUAGAAAAAAAAAAGUUGAUUAAAAAAUUUUAA